AUGCUGCUUUAUAGAUUUGGUGUGCAGUCAUUGCCAACAAUUCGGAGGUCAGUCCUCCUUAGUAAGGUUCCAAUUGGAAUUGCCUUCAAUAGAAUGGUCUUUCAAGUAACUCGAAUGCAAUCGACUAAGGCCCCGAACGAGACUUUUACUGCAAAACAGCUAGAAGAGGCCAGAUUGGCUAGAAUUAAUGGGUUGGGUCCCUUUGUUUCGAAAUUACCGUCAAAAUGGAUCCCAUAUGCGGAAUUGAUGAGGUUGGAGAAGCCGGUCGGUACUUGGUUACUGUAUAUACCGUGCAGUUGGGCCAUUUUGAUGGGGGCUAUGGAAACUGGUGCCACAAUUGGCCACACGGCUUGGAUGCUUGGUGUAUUUGGAAUCGGUGCGCUGAUUAUGAGAGGUGCCGGCUGCACAAUUAACGAUCUAUGUGACCGUGAUCUUGAUAACAAGGUCAUUCGUUCGGUUGAAAGACCUAUUACAUCUGGAAGAGUGUCACCAAAACAGGCUGUUGCUUUUCUUGCGGGGCAGACUGCCGUUGGUGUUGGCAUUUUAAGUCAACUACCAUCAGCAUGUUGGUGGUUAGGUUUGUCCUCUUUGCCGCUAGUGUUCACCUACCCAUUGUUCAAGAGGUUUACAUACUACCCCCAGCUAGCCCUUAGUGCAUGUUUCAAAUGGGGGGCACUUCUUGGUUUCCCAGCGAUGGGUAUCAUGGACUGGUCCACAAUGAUCCCGCUAUACGCUGGGAGUGUUCUAUGGUGUAUGAUCUAUGAUACAAUAUAUGCACACCAGGACAAGGCAUUUGACGUCAAAGCCGGCAUUAAAUCUACCGCCUUGGCAUGGGGUGGUAAGACCAAAAAAAUAUGCUAUGCCAUGGCCACUUCGCAAAUUGCCUUAUACACAGUGGCUGGUAUCAACAGUGGAUUGAUGUUGGGUCCCGGAUUCAUCGGUGGAUUAUCUCUUUUUGCAUACAGACUAUUUACAAUGAUCAAGAAGGUCGAUCUUGAUAACCCCAAGGACUGUUGGAGAGCAUUUACCAGUAACAUCGACACGGGUCUUUAUUUCUCCUACGCUCUGUUUUUUGAUUUCUUGUUGAGAUCUUUCGGAUUACUUUGA